AUGGCUACUUCACCGUCCGAGACCUCUCGUACGCUACAUCCACAAGUCAGUGGAGCGAGUAGCGCGGAUAUCGAUCCUUCAAUUCCUAUUCGCGGACCCGAGCACAUCUCAGAUGAGGAAGGUCCUUGGGCUCAAAAGACCAUCUUGACAUUCGAUGGCGGUGGUGUUCGUGGCUACGCAAGUCUUUUGGUGUUGAAACGUAUCAUGACUCGAAUACGGGACAUAGAGCGUAAUCACGAAGACCCAGCCCCUAGCAGCACCUACUACCCUUGGAUGGGCAAACACGAGCAGGAUACUAAUGAAGAUAACCCAGAGUCAGAAAGAGUUGAUAAGUUUCUUCCUUGUCACUACUUUGACUACGUCGCUGGGACUUCAACUGGUGGAUGGUUUCACGAGCGUUCAUUCCUUUGGUAUCCGCGAGCAAAGUUCUCAUGUCGGAAGACACGUGCAGCAUUUCAGGAGGUCGUCUACCAGACUCUUCGACGAGAGAGGGAUUGUUUCCCUAGCGAAGCUGAAACUGAGCCCUUAAAGUACAGAGAAGAUCGAACCAGAACUAUCGCUAUCUCUUGGGCUAUUAACAAAGAAGGCGGCGUUAGUAAAGAGUUCGUCUGGAGAAGUUAUGACAAUGACUUUAGCCCCAAGGCGCAUGACUCCAAUCUCUGGAACCCCUCCAAUGCGGGUCCUGCUCACACAACUGCAAUUUGGGAGGUUGCUCGUGCAACAACAGCUGCACCAAGGUACUUUGAAUCCAUCAAGAUCAGAGGAAGAAAAUUCCUUGACGGUGGUAUGGUAGCCAACAAUCCCGCCUUGAUCGCUAUCAGAGAAAUCCAUAACCUUCAUGGCUUGGUUCCGGCCCUGUUCGUCAGCAUUGGAACGGGUCUCAAGGUUUCCGCAGAUGCUCAGAACAACGGUUUAACUAAUGGAGCAAACGGCGAUAUUAGAACACUCAGAAGGGCUGCAACUAGAGACGACGUUAGACGCAAGCAGUUCCUGAAGAAGUAUAUCGAGAUAGGAAAACAUUGGAAAAACUGGAUGGUUGACUGUGAGGGAAUGAACGGCACUAAUGGGUGGCGAGGCCACUGCAGAGCGAUAGGCUUGACAGAGCAUUUAUACAGACUCAACGUGGAAGGCGACCUUCACACUAUUCCACUCGAUGAUUGGCGUCCGUCAAACACCGGAGAAGAUACCCUCAAGUUCAUUGAAGCGCAAACAGAACGAUACCUCGCCGAGCCCAGAGUGAAAGAUUACAUUACCUCUAUUGCAAGGAAAGCCGUUGAGAUAAGACGUCAGCGCGCUGCGACGGAACAGUGGGAGCGAUUUGCAGUGGAUGUGAUUUAUCGCUGCUCUGAUUGCGAUACCAAGAAGUAUGACACUCGGGCAAAGUUGCGAGAACAUCUACAAAAAGGAACUGAGCAUAGAAGGGAGAGGAUGGUUGAUGGGAGAGAGCUUGAGGAGAAACUCAGCGCUUCGAGGUCCUUUAGGCCUGAUAGACCAGGUGAAACAGGGAGGUGA